CCGUGAAAAAAAGAAAAAAAGAAGCCAGGAGAGAGCUAAUCUGAGUCGUUGCCUCUGUCCACUGGCUCGGACCGACCUCCUACCUCUUCGCGCUUGUCCCCGAGCUUAUAACAGAGGCUCCCCUGUCGCCUUCUCCGCCUCCGCUCCGUCCAUUCACGGCCAAGCAACGACUCCACCGCUUGAGGUUAUAAAAUCCCUAAGUUGCUACUGAUCAACGCUUUCUUCUGUUUCCCGAGGAGAGCGAGGCAGGGGAUCAGCUUCUUCUCUUAUGUCUCCACCCGCAGCUAUCAUUCUUCUCUAGCCUCUCGAUUUCGUCUCUAGCGGCUUCAGAGUUUCGUCGCCACUACAGAGUCGAGUUCCUCUUUCUUCAGGCUUUGCCGUUAACAAGCUUUUGUGUUACAAUAAAUGGUUGGGCUGGAAGAUAAUGCUGAGAAAGAGCGGUCACCAGUCGUAGAGAAUGGUUUCUCCAAUGGAUCUCGAUCAUCUCCUAGCACAGAUGUUUUGUCCCCAUCACAAAAGGCCAUUCAGGGGAAUGACACGCUUUCUUAUGCCAAUAUUCUUCGGGCAAGAAACAAGUUUGCUGAUGCGCUUGCUCUCUAUGAGACUAUGCUGGAGAAAGAUAGCAAGAAUGUUGAAGCUCACAUUGGGAAAGGGAUAUGCUUGCAGACGCAAAACAAAGGGAAUCUAGCUUUCGAUUGUUUUUCUGAAGCGAUCAGGUUGGAUCCGCAUAAUGCUUGUGCCCUCACGCACUGUGGUAUACUUCAUAAAGAAGAGGGUCGCCUCGUAGAAGCUGCUGAGUCUUACCAGAAAGCACUGAUGGCAGAUGCAUCAUACAAGCCAGCUGCGGAGUGCUUAGCAAUUGUUUUGACUGACCUUGGAACGAGUCUGAAGCUGGCUGGGAAUACUCAGGAGGGAAUUCAAAAGUAUUACGAAGCCCUUAAGAUUGAUCCGCACUAUGCUCCUGCAUAUUAUAACUUAGGUGUUGUAUACUCUGAAAUGAUGCAAUACGACAAUGCCUUGAGCUGCUACGAGAAGGCUGCACUUGAGAGGCCUAUGUAUGCUGAAGCAUAUUGUAACAUGGGUGUCAUUUAUAAGAACCGUGGUGACUUGGAGAUGGCAAUCACUUGUUAUGAGAGAUGUCUAGCUGUGUCUCCAAACUUUGAGAUUGCGAAGAACAAUAUGGCCAUAGCUCUGACAGAUCUAGGAACAAAGGUUAAACUUGAAGGCGAUGUGACCCAAGGAGUGGCAUAUUACAAGAAGGCUCUCUAUUAUAACUGGCACUAUGCAGAUGCUAUGUAUAAUCUUGGGGUGGCUUACGGUGAAAUGCUGAAGUUUGACAUGGCAAUUGUCUUCUAUGAGCUUGCUUUCAACUUCAAUCCACAUUGUGCUGAGGCUUGCAACAAUUUGGGGGUACUUUACAAAGACCGCGACAACCUUGAUAAAGCUGUAGAGUGUUAUCAGAUGGCUCUAUCAAUCAAACCGAAUUUCGCGCAGUCGCUUAAUAACCUUGGUGUCGUCUACACAGUCCAGGGGAAAAUGGAUGCUGCUGCCAGCAUGAUUGAGAAGGCCAUCCUCGCUAAUCCAACAUAUGCUGAAGCUUUUAACAACUUAGGUGUUCUUUACAGAGAUGCUGGAAAUAUCACUAUGGCUAUUGAUGCUUAUGAGGAAUGCCUUAAAAUAGAUCCAGAUUCCCGCAAUGCUGGCCAGAACCGAUUGCUUGCCAUGAACUACAUAAAUGAAGGACUCGAUGACAAACUAUUUGAGGCUCACAGAGACUGGGGUUGGCGCUUCACAAGAUUACACCCUCAGUACACUUCAUGGGACAAUCUGAAAGAUCCAGAGCGACCUAUCACCAUUGGAUAUAUCUCACCAGAUUUCUUCACUCAUUCAGUAUCUUAUUUCAUUGAAGCCCCCCUUACGCAUCAUGAUUAUACAAAGUACAAAGUGGUGGUUUAUUCAGCGGUAGUUAAGGCAGAUGCAAAAACAUAUAGGUUUAGGGAUAAAGUGUUGAAGAAAGGGGGAGUUUGGAAAGAUAUAUACGGGAUAGAUGAGAAAAAAAUAGCAAGUAUGGUCAGAGAAGACAAAAUCGACAUUUUGGUAGAACUCACAGGUCAUACGGCAAACAACAAGUUGGGAACAAUGGCCUGUAGACCAGCACCUGUUCAGGUUACUUGGAUAGGCUAUCCAAAUACUACGGGUUUGCCCACUGUUGAUUACAGAAUCACGGAUUCGUUGGCUGACCCACUAGACACCAAACAAAAGCAGGUGGAGGAGCUGGUUAGGCUUCCAGAGUCUUUUCUUUGUUAUACGCCUUCCCCAGAGGCUGGUCCUGUUUGUCCAACACCUGCGCUUUCCAAUGGCUUUGUCACAUUUGGUAGUUUCAACAAUCUCGCAAAGAUCACUCCGAAGGUGCUGCAAGUGUGGGCUAGGAUACUGUGUGCAGUUCCCAAUUCUCGCCUAGUGGUAAAAUGCAAACCCUUCUGCUGUGAUAGUAUUAGGCAGAGGUUUCUCACGACGCUGGAGCAGCUUGGGUUAGAAUCAAAGCGUGUUGAUCUCUUGCCUUUGAUUCUUUUCAAUCACGACCAUAUGCAAGCUUAUUCCUUAAUGGAUAUUAGUUUGGACACAUUCCCAUAUGCCGGUACUACCACUACCUGUGAAUCUCUCUACAUGGGAGUUCCAUGCGUUACAAUGGCUGGCUCGGUACAUGCUCAUAAUGUUGGUGUCAGUCUUCUCACUAAAGUUGGAUUAGGACACCUGGUUGCCAAAAGCGAGGAAGAGUAUGUUCAAUUAUCUGUUGAUCUAGCCUCUGAUGUCACAGCUCUUUCUAAAUUGAGAAUGAGUCUCCGGGAUCUAAUGGCUGGAUCCCCUGUUUGUAAUGGUCCCUCCUUUGCUGUUGCUCUUGAAUCUGCAUACCGGAAUAUGUGGAAAAAGUACUGCAAAGGUGAAGUACCGUCCUUAAGGCGAAUGGAAAUGCUGCAAAAAGAGGUCCAAGAUGAUCCCUUAAUCUCAAAAGACUUAGGAGCAUCAAAACUCAGCUUUACUGGAGAAGCCACUCCUUCUCUCAAGGCCAAUGGUUCUGCUCCUGUACCUUCCUCUUUACCAACCCAAUCCCCGCACCUCUCAAAGAGAAUGGACUCCACUAGUUAGAUACCUGGGAACUCAAACUGCUGCAAAAUGCCAGAAAAUUAAGAAAGGUUAAUCAAUGUCUUUGCAGAUUCAUGACCCGUCCGGGAAAAGGUGUGAAAGAAAAGAUUGCAUGAGCUCUUCCUGCUUUUUACUUCCAAGACUAUAGGAACUACUAGACUUUAGAUGUCUGCUUGUGUAGCAAAAAGAACAGUAAAAUCACCCUUCCUUUUCUGUUCUGUCUCUUACCAAUCUUAGUUUAGCUUUACAUGAUUCUUGGGAAGUCAUUAGGUGGAAGUGGAUUUGGGUUGUUUUUCUCAUUUGAGAGAUCAAGUUGUUGUGUAUCAGUUAGGGGUCUUCAAGGCUUUUUAGGAUGCUUGUUUUCAUGUGCUGGAUUUUGAAUCAUAUGAUAGUAAAUAUAGUUAUAACCAAAGCUUUCCAGUGUCU